AUGGACUCUGGCAACAACCAGCAGAAGAAGGAGGGCGAGAAGCAGUUCUCCAUCCAGCCCAUCAACGAGUCAAACGUCGACCCCAAGUUUGCCGCGCAUCAAGCUCAUCCGGGUCCAGCCGUGACCAAGGAGAUGCCCCCUCAGCAAGGCACCAAGGAGGAGCGUCAGGCUAGAAAGGAGGAGUUGAACAAAUAA